UAGAUUAUAUAUUAUUAUUAUUUUCUGAUGGUUUAUUUUUGUAAGAAUUACAUUUUUUGUACUAAAAAAAAAUCUUUUCAAUUACUUAAAAUCAGAGGACGCAUAUAUUUUUUUUUGGGUUUGUUUUCUAUAGAAGGAUAAAUAUUUCCCAGACAUGAAUUUACUGUUGGAAUUCUCAGGGAUCUCUGGAAGAAAAGGAGGUUGUAUAAAAGAGCAGGCGUUCCAGGCAAGCUUUCUUCAGGAGGGGAAAAAGGAACACAAGGACAAAUACUCGGUAGUGAAUCCUGCAGUUCCAAAAUCGACCAAAUUCUACACCAUAGCUUAGCAGAUACAUUAUCUGUUGCUGUUUCCAUCACCAAUGAGAGAUUCCACUAUGCUGCAUACAGAGGGCAGUGCCUUACUGAAGGCCGUGUGGCAGGGCAAAUUCAGACUGACGCGCCUUCUCCUGGAAGGAGGUGCCUAUAUUAAUGAAGGGAAUUCCCAAGGUGAGACGCCCCUGAUAGCUGCCUGCUUAGCCAAAUAUGAUGACCCCCAGAAUAAGCCCCGGAUGGUUAAAUACCUGCUGGAAAAUGGGGCAGACCCAAAUAUGCCAGACAAGUUGGGAAAAACUGCCCUGAUGCAUGCAUGUUGCAACCUUACUGGAGUAGCUGUUGUAUCUGUGUUGCUGGAACAUGGGUCUGACCCAAGCAUGAAGGAUUACUCAGGAACAUCAGCACUCAUGUAUGCCAUUAACAAAGGUGAUCGUGAAACCCUGAGAGUCCUUUUGGAUGCGUGUAAAGCUAGAGGGAAGGAAGUCAUUAUUAUUACCACCGAUACCUCCCCCUCUGGGACAAAAAAGACAAAGCAGUAUCUAAAUUCCCCUCCAUCCCCAGGCAUUGAUGAAAAGCAAUGUCCAACAAUAUGUAUGUCCCCCUCAGAUAUAGACAUAAAAACAUCUCUCUCUCCAGCAAGUGAAAAAGAAGAAGAAAGGGAUGUUUUUAAUUUCAAUAUGGGCUCUAGGCUCACUUGCCCUUCUUCCUGCAAACUGGAAAUUAAAACAUUAGAUCAGGUACCUACUAAGGGUAGGAUGAUCAACAAGAAACAGCUUAAGAGGCUGAAUUCUGAGCCCUGGGGAUUAGUAGCCCCAUCUGUAUUGGCAGGAUUUCAUUCAGUGGCACUCCCAGACAGGACUACAGUGGAAGAGCAAGAAGAAAAUAUUAUUUCAGAGAUAAACAACUUGUCCAUCACUAAAAGACCUGUGCUCUCCAGGCGACAUAGUAUAGAGGGACAAGAUCCAUCCAUCUUCACAAUGGGUGAACAGUCCCCUGGGGAGGAUCCCUCAACUACUGACUCUUUAUGGGCUGAUAAAGUCCAGUUCAGUAACCUCCACCAACCUUUGUCACGACGCAACACGGCACCUGAGACUCAGGAAACAUCAAGUGCCACACUUGCCCCAACUAUUGCUACUAAUUUACGUGGGGUUGCUCACCACAAAUUAACACGUAUGGACCAUUAUGAAUCUGAUUCCCAUCUUUGUCCAGACUCCAUUCCUGGUUCUCCUGAUUCUGGGCGUGUAUCUUUGGAAAGGAGGAAAUAUAAUGCUUCUCCUUUAACACUCUUUACUAGUUCUUCACGAGAGUCCUUGGAAAGCAUUCCAAGUGCUGUUUCACCAAUAACUGUACGUCGCAGGACACCAGGGCUUUUGGAAAGAAGAGGAUCUGGAACACUUCUCUUGGAUCACAUAUCACACACCAGACCAGGCUUUUUACCACCACUGAACGUAAACCUCAACCCUCCAAUUCCAGACAUCAGAUCUAAUGGCAAAGUUCCUUCACCAGUCCAUGGCAGUCAGAAGACGCUAAUUCCUAUGGCUCCCAGCUCUCCAAAACAUUUUGAAACCAAAGCCAAGAAGAAACUGAUUAGAAGGCACUCUAUGCAAACAGAACAAAUAAAACAACUUGCCAGUUUCCAGAAUUUAUUUGCUCACAAUGAUUCCCCAAAUUAGAUUGCAAAAUGGAACAUCUAUAACAGAAUUAUUUCACGUGAUUAUCAAGGGUGUUUAAAGUCUAGAUGUCUCAUGUUAUUUUCUCCAAAAGAAA